AUGAAUUUUUCGUAUGAUUUAAAGUCCCAACUCGAGAAAAAUCCUUGCUUAGGAAGCUGAUAUGGCUUACAAAGAGGCUUCACAAGUGAAUCAUUACCUCACUACAACAGCUUUUCAAUGGAAAAAUUUACGAACCAGAAAAAGAAACAACGGCUCCGAGAAGCAAAAUUAGCUAACUCCCCCCCUCCUUAAGCGAACAAAACCAUUAGAAAAAUCCCUAUUUUUUGCCCAAAAACCCACCCUCCGUGAGUGAACAAAAUAGAAAAAAAAAUUUAUGAAAAAAAUUGAUAUAUAAGUGAUAAUUAGUAUAAUGAAAUCUUGAGCUAAUUCUGUUUAUUUUUAAACAAAUCGCGUUUUAAAACAUAAGUUUACGAAUUAAAUUAAUAUCUAAUUUUUGUGAAUUAGGAUUUUUUUAAAUUUUUAAAAAAAUAAAUUAACCCCUCCGUGAGCGAACAAGAGUUUUUUGUUCACUCAGGAUGGAGUAAAGAAAAAAUCCAUCUCUCAGUAAGGCAAGAAAAGCGAAGACUUGAAGAGCUGGAAUUCCGUGCAAGUAUGGAAUUAAAGAAAACAUUAGUCAACGAAUUAAACAAAAAGUGCAUUGAAGAAAACAAUAAACAAUUGGCUGCAGUUAAAAUCCAAAAAAUUGCAAGAGGAUGACUCGUUAGAAAUAAAUUUGAUGACAUGAUAAUUCAGCAUAGAAAAAGACUGACUGAUUUUAAUAUUUCAACCAUGGAUACUGAAAUCACUUAUCAAUUUUAUCAUAGUAAGCAGUGCAAUGGAGCUGCAAUUGUUAUACAAGAACAUUAUAAGCGUUAUUUAUUUAAAUGCAAAUUGCAGAGACUUAAAAGAGGAUAUCUGCAUUUUUGCUCACUCCCCCCCCCUUUAAAUUGGAACAAAAUAUCGGUAAAAUUUCACUUUUUUGGUAAAUUAACCCCCCCUUUAAAUUGGAACAAAAAUUUAAUUUUAUAAUAAAAAAAAUUAUAUAUAAUUUUUAUGUAAAAAGUUUUGAUAUAAGUUAAAUGUUUCUUCUUAACUAAAAUUGAAAAUUUAUUUAUAUCCUGCUCUUUUUUAAAGAAAAAAGUAUAAAGAGCAUCUUAUUUAAAUAAAUUUAUUAUCCUUAAUUGGUAAAUUUUAAAAAAAUUUAAUUUUUUUUUUUAAAAAUUUUCAAAAAAAUUUUUGUUUUUUUUUUGAUAAAAAUGAUAUUUUUUAUUUGGAUAGUUUUGAUAUAAAUUCAAUAGGAAUUCUUUAUAAAAUUUCAAAAUUUACUUAUUUCUUGCUUUAUUUUAAAGAAUAGCGUAUAAAUAACAUCUUAUUUCAACAAAAUUAGCACUUUGAUCGAUAAAUUUUCCAAAAUUUUUUUUUUUUAAUUUUUUUCAAUAAAAAUAAUAAUUUUUGUGUAAAUAAUUUUGAUACCAAUUAAUAGUGGCGUAUUAACUAAUAAUGAAAAUUUAGUUAUAUCUUGCUUUGUUUUAAAGGAUAAAGAGUAAAUAGCGUUUUUAUUAAACAAAUUUAUUGAUCUAAUUCGAUAAUUUUUAUAUUUUUUAUAUAAAAAAUUUUAUACUGAUAUUUUUUUUUAAAAAAAAAAUUAACCCCCCUUUAAAUUGGAACAGAAUUUUUAGUUCCAACUUAAAGGGGGGGGGGAGUCAGAUAAAAAAAGCCAAGCAGAAAGAUUAAUUAAGAGAACUAUAAAAAUUUUUAUAUCAAAAAUAAGAGUUAUUGAAGCAAGAGUGAUUUAUGAAAGAAAUAAAAAGUUAAGGGAAAUAAGGGAGAGACUUGCAAUUUUGACUAUUAAGGAUUAUUGGACUAAAAAUAAUUUGCAAGGAUUAUCUUGAUUAAUUAACUAAUUCUAAUAGUACCUUUUGGCUCAGGCUAUAUCUAUAGUUGCAUCUCUUCUACUCCUAUAUCAGAAUUAUUCGACAUGAUUUAACAGGUAUUAAGAUAAAAAUGAUAUGUAAACUAAACCUCAUAAUUAACUCUACAAAAUAAAACUGCAAGAGCAAGAGCGUAUUUAAUUUUUCAUAACUUGCAAGCGAAAUCAAUAAAGCGAAGAUUUCGCCACCAUAAAAGAAGAAAAACCAUUGAAAAGCGUGACAAAGAUUUCCUAGAAGAUCCAGCUACAAGUCAUCAUGGAUCAGCCGAACUGAUUUUUCCUCAAGAUUUUCAAAAUCUUUUAUCAGAAGUUCGAGAAAUCGACCUUUCUUCUAUUCUAGGAACCAAAGAAAUCGAGCUAUCAAAAAUCUCUUACAAUGUUAAAAGCCCGAAGCCGAAAGAAUUAACUCCUAUAAUCCACCGUGAUAAAAAAAGACUUUAUUAUCCAACCUAUAGCAGCUAUUCAAGAAGCCGUACAAUUUCAAGAGUGUCUACAAGGCCUGAUUCAAGGGCUUUUGACUUAUGGACUCAACCUAGUAGUGAUAAAUGAACAUAUAGGGCAAGCAGAGACAGAUUUAGCUCUAAUUCUUAUUAUAUUCCUAGGAAUUCCACAAGUGAAACACCUGAAGAAAAGGGUAAAUUCAAAUUAAAUGAGAAUUCAUUUAGACAAAUAUCAACUAGCUCUGAUAGGAAAAAGAGAAAUAGGUUUCAUUCAAGGUCUUAUCAUAUUACGAGAGCUGAAACUCCUGAUGAAAACUAUGGAGCUAAAGAAGAAAUUGAUCCUUAUAAAAAAGCGUUUAUAAAUCCUUAUAAGGUUAAAAAUUCAGGACCUUAUCAUCAUGCUGCUAGAAAAUCUGAGAGUGAAAUAGAAAAAAAGAAGUUUGAGUUAAAAGAAGAAAUUUGCCAAAUGAAAGUUCCUCCGGUAAACUCAGAAAGACCUAAAUCUCCAUCAGUUAGAGCAAAAUUUUUUUGCUCAUCCACAAAGAGGAUUAAUUCAUUUUGAAAACUUUUAUAGAGCAUCUUCAAAAUUUAUUUUAUUUUUAUUCGCAAAGGUUUGUCAAAAAAAAAAGAAAUUUUCCAGUGAUUUGCUUGCUCACUAGGAGUAAGAGAAGCAGAUUUAAUUCUAAUUCUUAUCAAAUUGUAAAAAAGCCUACGAAUGAAAAUACAGAAGCAAAAAUAAUUGAAGUAAAAGAAGAAAAGGAUCCUUUUAGGGCAUCUUUUAUGAACUCUAAAAUAGAUUUUACAUAUCACAUUGGGAAGUUCGAAAGACCAAAAACUUCUCAAGUCAACAGAUUUUUCAGUGAGAUUUUUAAAUAUAAAUAG